CCACUUGUUUCUCUCUCUCUCUCUCUCUGUGUCUGUGCUCACACUCGCUUCGCUCGCCCAGCUGAUGAGCGCUCUCGCGGUACACGCGAACGCGCUCCCCCGCGCGCUUAGUCGCGUUCUCGCAGCUGCAUAGCAAACAUCCCGCGGCACCGUACGGCAUGCGUUUCUUAUGCUCUGUGCUAUGCUUUGUGUGCGUGUACAGGCAGAUGCGCGCAUGCGGGUUGUCGUUUGGGGACUUGAGUGCUUGAUGCUAUGCCGGUGGUGGUUAACCAACGGUGGACUAGGAUCAUUUCAAUAGUUCCACGCCUCGUUGUGUAAAUUUGAGUAAUUUAAUUCUAAUUGACCGUUCACCACAGCCACUGCAAACAAUUGCUUUUGCCUAGCUGCAGCAGCUCUAGACGAACACACAUCGUCCUACAUGCGCUCCUCGGCUUCCCGUUUGACAGAUGAGCGCGUAAAGCGAGUGAACUUUCACUCUCGUUCGGUUCGCUCUGCUGAAAGAGAGAGAGAGAGAGAAACAAUCAACAAGCACCCGAGAGAUGGAAGGCAAGAUAUCUCUCUCCGGGAGCGUUCUUUUCUCUUUUAUUUUUGUUUGCUUCUUGGUAGAUACUGGCGGGUAAAUGCACUUACAGCAAUGCAACACCCUUCAAGCAAAGCUGUAAUUAUGGAGGAAGUUAAGUUAUAAGAAUACCGAUAGUGAUGAUUAGAUUAGAUGAUAAGAUGGAGGGCAAAUCACUCAGAAAAGGUGCUGCUUUGAGGAAGGAUAAAUAAAAGAAUUGUUUAAAUUCUUGAGAUAAGAACCCACCAUGCUAACACUAUCUGAACUACAGAAGAUAAGGUGAUAAGGUCCAUAAGAAUAAUCUGCUUUUUUUUUUAAAUGGAAAAAUGCUAUGCAUUUUUUGUUUGUAUAUUCCAGACAAUCGGGAACUUUCGACACAAUGCCUUGGGAACUAGGUCAUACCAGCGGUUGGCUUUGUUUCCUGAGGCGGAGAUCGAUCAACCCAGUGCAACGACCUCAUGUAAAUGACCUUUGUGGCAGGCAGGUGGAACACACACACAUGCACUGUUAUCUGCAGGAAGUGCAAUACACGUUAUCAAAAAACGGCGAAUUCGCGGAUGCAGUUUUGGGACUGCAAGAUGACGCGUACGUGUGUUGAUUGCGCCAUUUAAAUUUGUGUAAACAGAUUAAAUUUUUUAAAGCUUAUUUUCAAUUUUGGGAAAUAACAGGAUUCCACUUUCUUGACGAAAUUUGCACUGAUGCUCACCUCACUCGCUUUUUGUUGUGCAACAUCAUCAUGCGCGUCCUCCCCAGCUGCAUUCGAGCGUGCGUGCUGCGUGCGGACGGCGGACGGACACCACGUGCUUCUUCACCUAGAGUUGAAUGAAUUCGAAACGGCGAAUAAGGCGAGCACAUCACGCUAAAGGUUAGCACGCGCCGAGUGUCUUGACGCCUUGGAGGGAAUUCCAAUUUUCUCCGAAGCAGAAACAUGCGCAAUGGCACGCCGCCCCGUUCCAUGCUGUUUGUGGGAACUUUCAACGUAUAAAUCCUUCCAAACGCGUCAUAUGACGUCACUCGCGAAAACAAACCCAAACCCUGAACGCCCAUCUCCCCUUCCCACCAGGACCGACAGAAUGGACAGGCGCACGCAUGGCAAAAAUGUUUUGCGCCCUUCACGGGUACACGGGCUGUGACAGUUUCGGGUAGGCGCGGACAGUUGUUUUUAUGUAACAAAAUCAAUUCGGCCCCAUAGGCCCCAAGAGCCCGAAAAGGCCCACCUCACACAAAAAAAAGAACGACCGACAAACGGCCGGCCAUUUGUUUGUUUUGCCGGGGUCACAGUGUGUUUGUGUGUGUGGGUUGGCGGCAUCACCGGAAGUUUGAUUUGGUUUCCUGCUUUUUUGUUUUGUUUUGUGCACCAAAGGUAAGAAUGCAUCAGCAGUAGCGGCUGCAAAACAAAUCAGCCAAGUGACACAGACACACACACGCUAGUGGGGAUUUUUUUGUUGCUGCCGGAAGUAACCCCCAGCAAUGACAAUCAGCAGCAACAGUGCGCUGGUGCUGCACAACCGGUUCAAGAACAUGACCCGCCGGUUGCGCUUCUCGCCGCGUAGACGCCAGUACUGUGUGCUGACCAGUGCCGCGAUCCUGCUGCUGGUAGUGGUCGGUGUCGUGGGCUACCUGCUGACCGGCAUGCACUACUGCUUCGAUGUGCUGGUCGAGUGGAAGGUGUCUGAAAUAUGCAAUCAGUAUUACACGAACGAAGUGACCGGCUACAUGUGUCCGGAGCUGUGUGCCGGCGAUACUAUCUCGGAGUUCCACUGCCCGCCCACUGCCCACGCGGCAGCGUAUCCGUUCAAUGCGCAUCGCUUUCUGGCCCGCAAAGCCCAACAGUUUGUGGUGGUGAAGCAUGCCGUGCCGGAUGCAAGCUACGAGAAGCUGUCCUGGAUCGACAGCCACCGGCAGGAGGAACACUACCCGACCGAGCAGGAGUACGGCGGUAUCGUGCGGCGCUACAUCGAGCUGCGGUACGGCGUGCAACUUCCGUUCGACAAGCUGGCGGGGCUGCUGGCGCUGAAGAACAAAAACAAUCGCAUCCUGUUCCACGCCAGCAUGCGCAACAGCUGGAACCUGAUCCAGAACAACGAGUACCUGCUGAGCCGGCUGUACGAGGAGAAGGAGAUCUUCCCGCAGGUGCUCGGUACGUGCGGCGAGCUGUUCCUCACCGAGCUGCUCGAGACGGUGGAGUUUGUCGAUGAGGGCCGGUACCAUUUUACCAACCACAUCGACCUGUCCAAGUGGCGGUACCAUCUGAAGGUGGCCGUGCUGGUGCUGGACUAUCUGGACGAGAUGGGGCAGAACCGGUUCCAGAUGUGUUCGGUGGUGCUGGGCGGGUUCGGGAUAAGUGACAGCCGGAUGAAGUAUCACGACCUGCGGUACAUCAGUACGGAGGCGACCAUCGAUCGGCGGCUGUCGGAUGGGCGCACGUGUGCGGUGGAUGCGGACUGCAGCUACUACGAUUGCCGCAGCCGGUGCAAUGCGACCAGCCACCAGUGUACGGCCGGUUUGCUGAACAACAAUCUGCAGAUUGUCUGUGAAAAGAUAUUUCGCGGCACUGCCGAGGAGCCCGGGAUCCUGGUGACGGAGAAAAGCUCGCCCCGGUUGCUUCGCAUACUGGAUCGGUGCGCGCGACCGGCUAGUCGGUCGGAUGUGGAUGCCGCCCGUCCGUGGGGCCCUUCGAAGACGCUGAAGAAGCAGCUGUACAACGAGCUGACCAGCAUUUACGAGCAGCUUGCCUCCUCGCUGUACUCCUAACUUUAGGGUGCGCUUUCGCACCGGGAAUCGGCGAGACGCGUUAGUCAAUUGCAGUGAUAAUCAAAAAAACAUGUGCGCACAGACACGUUGUGCGUACACGUAACACGAUGGUAUUAAGCGGAGUUGCAUUUUGGUUGCAGUUCUCGGAGACAAUCUCUCUCUCUCUCGGCGUAACGAUAUUCUUUACAAUAUUCUUUCAACGCUUAUUAACGGGCUAUGUAGUGCAGUGCAUUCAGAGGUGAAGUAGAGUGAAUAAACCACACAGUAACAGUAUUGUGGACAAAUCGA